AUGAAUUUAUAUAAAAAAUCUUUUUUACCAAUAAUAUUAUUAUGCAACUUAAUAAUAAAUGUUCAUUCAUAUGGUGAAGGUGAUGGUAAUGGAUUACCAAUUUGGCAAGAAAGAGAAAGUUUAAAUUUAUUGAAUGCUGUACGUUUUGAUCCAGUUGGAUAUAAAAAUUAUUUUAUGUCAACUGGUUAUAAUAAUAUGGGAAAUGUAUUUGCUAAUAAUAUUUAUCCAGCUACAAAUCCAGUUUAUUAUAACUCUGUUUUAAAUUCUCAAGCACGUUACCAUUCAACUGAUAUGGGUGUAAAUAAUUGUUUCUCACAUUCAAAUUGUGAUGGUACUUCAAUCACUGCAAGAUUUAAUGCAUUCAAUGCAAACUGUAUGACUGGUUGGGGUGAAAAUUUAUCAGCUGGUUUUUCAAAUGGUGUCCUAACUCAAAAUUCUUUAAUUUGUGAAACCCCACCAUAUUGUGUAAACGAUGGUAAUAAUGAUGGACAUAGAUCAAAUAUGAUGGUUUCAAGAUGGGUCGCUGCAGGCGUUGGUUUUUAUUAUGCACCAUCAUCAACUUAUAAAUAUUAUUGGAGUCAAGAUUACAAAGAUGCAACAUGUGAACCACAAACCUCACCAAUCUAUUCAGGAUCUCAUAGUUUUUGGCCAUCAGCAUCAGUACCAAUGUUCCAUGCUUCAUAUUAUAAUAAAAAAGGUGAAAGUUUAUCUUCAGCAAGAGUAGUAUUUAGUUCUGGAGCAUAUGGUGAUUUAAAUUUAGCAAUUGGUUCAACUAAUAAAGGUUUUUAUACCUUUUUUUUAAAUGGUUAUGUUAUGUGUGAUUCUUAUAUUUUUGAAUUUGCUACAACCAAUGGUAAUGUUUACAGAUAUCCAGAUAGUGGUUCAUUAUCAAUUGUAACUUCAUCAGGUUCAUGUUCAGCAUGGUCAUCAAAUUAUAUUCAAGGUACAGUAUCUCAAACAACAACUCAACCACCAGUUACUCAAACUCCAACCCCUACCCCAACCCCAACUCAAACUCAAGCCCCAACUCAAACUCCUACUCAAACUCCUAGCCCAACUCAAACUCCUAGCCCAACUCAAACUCAAACUCAAACUUCUACCCCAACACCAACUGAAACACCAACUGAAACACCAAAUUCUAAUGAAAACUCAAGUAGUUCAUCUACUUUAAUUGGUAAUAGUUCAACCAAUUCAGAAUUACAAAGUAGUGAAAGUAAUGAUUCAUCAACAUCUGAUAAAUCUACUUCCUCAAACAACAAUAAUAACUCUGAACCAAAUCUACCAGGUGGUAUUAAUAAAAAUUCCCAAAGUGAAGAUUCAAAUUCAAAUCAAAUAUUACCAAAUUUAAUUGUACCAUUCCUUCUUGGUCUUUUAAUUAAAAUAUUAUUAUACUAA